CACAGCCAGUUUGAAGGAAGCGACGACACAGAAGCCACAGCUAAACUAGGCCCGAGACUUUUAAAGCGAACCAACCGCACAGCAAAUCCACGUAAACCUACUUUUUAUGCGUUUAAGAUUUUGUAUUUUUUACAUUUUACAUAGUUUUAUUAUUUGAUAUCAUUGCUACCUCAGUUUUUACUUAGCCUACUGCCAGCUGACUUUGACGCAAUAUGCCUUCAGAGAAAACCUUCAAACAAAGAAGGACGUACGAACAAAGAGUAGAAGAUGUCAGACUGAUUCGGGAGCAGCACCCAAACAAGAUUCCUGUCAUCAUUGAACGGUAUAAAGGAGAGAAGCAGCUGCCCAUCCUGGACAAGACCAAGUUCCUGGUGCCAGAUCACGUUAACAUGAGUGAACUCAUCAAGAUCAUUAGGAGGCGCCUCCAGCUAAACUCAAACCAGGCAUUCUUUUUGCUUGUGAAUGGCCACAGCAUGGUGUCUGUGUCCGCGGCCAUCUCUGAGGUGUAUGAACGCGAGCGUGACCAGGACGGCUUCCUCUACAUGGUGUACGCCUCCCAGGAGACUUUCGGCUGUGCCACCAUCCCGCAGUGAACCGCCUUUUCACAACAACAUUUGGACAAUGCUAGUUUUAGGCCCCCUCCACCCUCUCCCCCCCCUUUUGAGUUGUACCCAUAAUCCUGACUGUAAUCCGCCCAGUAGCCCCAGGAGUUGACCAAAACAGUAGAGAAAGCUGCUUUUUAUUAUCUGACAACAGCCCUCCUAUAUCACCAGUCACAGAGGCUAUUCCCAGUGUUGUAAUCCCUUUAUUUUAAUGUACAUAUGUUUUUAUGUAGCAAUAUUGGCAUAUUUAUAGGAAUUCUUGGAGGAGGGUUUGCCAUUUUCCCCAGUCUACUUUUGCCACAGGAAGGAUCUUUAAUACCAAGUUUAUCAUUCCCAUUGGUGUCAUUGCCUCCCGCCUUGUUUAGUCUGAAGCAUUUUCACUGUAAAAUGAAGAUGUUAGGAAACAGCUUGAUGAUUGUAGCUUGGGUGUGCGUAUCUGUCAACUUUGAAUUUAAAGGGGAGUAUAACCAAGUUUGGACACACUACAAGCUUGGUGACUGUGUGAAUGGAUCUUGAUCAAAAUGCUUAUAAUAUAGAUAUAAAAACUCUUAUAUAUUGCUUUGAUAGCAGUGGGUUUGGGGAAAGCUUAAGAAGGCCACAGACUCUGUAAAUUGGUCGUUCUCGUCUUUCUCAUCUUUCACAAUCAGGUUUUAUAUCAGUGUUUUAUUUAGUUUCUUUAAUUUGUCGUGGAUUUUACUUGAUUAUAUGUAAACUACAGUUGGUGUGAGUGUCGGAGGGGCGGAGCAUGUCCCAGUGCUGUCUGUUCUUCUGCCUGCCCCUCUGGUUCAUCUGCACAUCCAAAAACAGCAAUAUCAUACAGCCGCUUGUGUAUUUAUGUUGUUUUUGUAAACUACAAUAAAGAAAAAAAAAUAA